CACAGCUGAGAGAGAGAUGCUCCUUGUGUGUUUCUUUCGGUUAUUCAGUCAGUCUGCCAGACGCCGCGGCCGAUCGACGAUUGCUCACCUGGACGACUGCGAGCAGUCCGCGCCGCAAACAUGACGGACUAUACUGAAGUCAGGAUGAGAACUUCGGUGGUGGUUUUGACGGCCCUGAUUGCGUUGGCCGCGGCCAACACUGCCCAGCAACCAGCGGAGGACAAAACCCUGUCUGCGGCCGCCCUGACCAUUGCUAGAGCUUUGCAGCAGGAGGUCAAGUUGCCACAAGUUUUGACAGUUGCAGAGAAUGGCGCUGAAACGCAGGAGUACCGUCUGCAGGGCGCCACGCUGGUGGUGAAGCGUCGUUCGAAGACGCCGCAGUUGUUCCAGCAGCAAGAGUGGAUCCCCAACCCGGUGAUGGUGACCUCGGAGACGGUCAAGGUCAUCCCUGCCGAUGCCGGCACCAAGGCGAGCAGUCGCUCCGGCCGGCAAAUGAUGACCGUCGACUCGGACGGCAUUCCGGUGAUCACGGGCGUCCGAGUGCCGGACGACGAGCACGACCGGACGCACACCUACCGCAACGCGCGCGUCAUCAAGAACGUCCUCGUGCCCAACGACGCCCCUGCCCCCUCCAGCAGGACCCAACAUACGAGACAGGCGAGGAAGACUGGCGAGCUCGAAGCCAUCCGCCCCACGGUGCUUGACCAGGGCCCGACGGCCGUCAGGGCGCCCAUCCUGCAGUACGCGCACCCUGAACUUGGGGCCCAGCCCGUUAUGCACCUCGCCCGCGAACUGGACGUCGCCCAAAAACCAACCUACGAACAACCCCCUGUCUACUUUUCUCAGGAUAACCCACAGGAAAUCCACAACGAUCACAGUCCGUACCCUUACGAACCGGCCGAGGCGCUGCACCACCAGCGUCCCUACGAAGCAACAGCCUCGCCUGCCAAGUCGUACGACCUGCCCAAGCCGCGUCCACCCAAGAAGACCCUUCCCUACCAGUUCAAUGACGACGGCCUGGACGUGUACAAGUACCGGUACAAGAACAAGGGCUACAAGUACCUGCCCGAGCAGACCGGAAGUCCCUCGUCUCUAAACACCUACGCGACCUAUUACUCGCCCUUGGACGACUCUUCGCGGCCCUUCUGGAUGCGAUUCACCGAACUGAUCCGCGACAAUGUGCAGACCGGCUACUCGCGCAUGGCCGAGUUGGCGCGACCCGUCAUGGAGCCGAUCGUCGCCGCCACCCAAAACAUCGGCGCCAACUUCGGCAUCGCCACCGGCAGCACGCGCGCCCAGGAGAAGCUCGGCGUCGUGGCGCCGCUGCUCACCGGCGGACACGUCGCCUUCGCCCCCGCCAUCGGACUCGUCGCCGGCGGCGCCGCCCUCGGACUUGGCGCCGCAGCCAUCUCCAGGAUGCUCGAGACCACGCAGGUUGUGCACGGAAAGAGCAGAACCAGAAGAUCGCUGCUCACUGGAGGCGGACCGCUCAUCGCAUUCCAGGAUCGCAACAGCAACGAGGAGGACGUCAUGUUCGGCAACAUGGUGCACGAUUUGCAGGGCGGUCAGCCGGACAGCUUUUUGGCGCAACUGUCCAAGUACGGACACAGCAGCUGGAGCGAGGACACUCCUUGCGCCAAACGCAUUUUCUGCGACGUGAUGACCCAACAGUCGCAGGACUCGGUCAUCCUCAUGGAGAAGAAGAUGGCCACAUUCUUGACCAUGGUGAAUCCGAGUGUGGCCCGAGCCCUUUCAAACCACAUGGGUGACGUGAUGGACGCCGUACGAAGACAGGACUGCUCCCAAUUUACCUGCCAAGCUGAAUCAAGGAGACGCCGAAUGGGAGUCGGCGUGAGCCAAUUCGCCUUUCAACCCAGGGCAGCCGUUGCCGGUCCCAGAUAAAAAAAAUCAAUUAAUUUCAGACUCAAUUUCUACUAGAGUGUGAUUUGUAUGAAAAAGAGAGUGUAUGAGCGUGUCUUAUUCCUACAAAUAUAGAUUAUAGUGCGCGUGCCCCCAGCUUGCAAUAGAAGUCUACAAGUUUUAUAAUAAUUUAUUUUUACCAGAUUAAGCAUAAUAAGCAUACAUUUUUGUUCUUCAAAUUAUGAACCACAUAAAAUUUUUACAACCAUUUUUGCUCCAUAAAAAGACCCAAACUGCCAGAGCAGCUGAUUGAUCGUAAACAAUUGUAUGUGCCAAUACGACGUCUCAUUUGUCUGUGACAGUUGCUUCGAGAAAUUUGGGCUGACCAAAAGUGCGUAUGUGUGUUGAAUUUUUUUUAAUUGUUGCUUUGCAUUUAUUUCAAUUACUGUAUAUAUGACUCAAAAUUAUAUAAUUGCAAUGUAAUAAAACUUAAUAAUGAAAGCCAUUUUAUAAAAAAGUGCAUGAUUCUAAUUGAU